GUUAUCAGUCACAGUUUGUACUUCGAAAGUAAACAUACAAACCAUCAAAAUGUACAAGAUCUUCCUUCUUGCCGCUGUAGUUGCCGUGGUCGCCGCGCGGCCACAAGAAGGUCACGGUCACGACCAACACCACGGUCACGGCCACGCCAUCUCCUCGCAGAGCAUCGUACUGCACCACUCUCAGGAGAUCAAGCACCCCGUACACCACGAGGAACACCAUGAAGAACAAUAUCACCAUGAGGGUCACCACCAGGAAGAACAACAACAAGAUAAACACCAUCACGAGGAACAAAAUCAUGACGAACACCAUUAUGAUGGACAUCAUCAUGAACAGUACCACCAUGACGACCACCACGACGACCACCACGACGACCACCACUACGAGCAGUACCACUAUGAUGAUCAUCACCACGAACAGUCCCACCACGAAGAACAACAUCACGGAGAGCACCAUAACGAGGAACACCAUGGUCACGCCUCCUCCUCACAGAGCAUCAAGCAGUACCACGGAAAGGCCACUGAGAAACACGUCGAGUACUAUGCUCAUCCCAAAUACGAGUUCGCGUACAAGGUCGUAGACCCUCACACCGGUGACAAGAAGUCCCAGCAUGAGGCUCGUGAUGGUGAUGUAGUGAAGGGCGUAUACAGCCUGCAUCAGCCUGAUGGCACUGUCAGGAUCGUGAAGUACCACUCUGACAAGAAGGCUGGAUUCAAUGCCAACGUGCAUUACGAAGGUCAUGCCAUUCAUGUCGUUCCUGAUCACCACCACCAUCAUUGAUCCUGUAAUUACCUAACUGGUUAAAAUAUUGUUAUCUAGUGAACAA